CCUCCGGGCUCGGGCUGCAGCGGCGUGCCUCCUCCCUGGAGGGCCGCAUUCUUGGGUGGCGCUGUGAUGAUUUAAGGAUCAUAGUGCAGCUAUGGAUAGCGAACCAAACUCUGGAACAUCUUCAGUGUCAACAACAGCCAGUAGCACUACCACCACCACUAUCACCACUUCCUCCUCUCGAAUGCAGCAACCGCAGAUCUCUGUCUACAGUGGUUCAGACCGACAUGCUGUUCAGGUAAUUCAACAGGCAUUGCAUCGCCCCCCCAGCUCGGCUGCUCAGUACCUCCAGCAGAUGUACGCGGCUCAGCAACAGCACUUGAUGCUGCACACGGCUGCUCUUCAGCAGCAGCAUCUCAGCAGCUCCCAGCUCCAGAGCCUCGCUGCUGUCCAGGCAAGCUUGUCCAGUGGAAGGCCAGCUACAUCCCCGACAGGAAGUGUCACACAGCAGUCAAGUAUGUCCCAGACAUCUAUCAACCUCUCCACUUCUCCUACACCUGCUCAGUUGAUGAGUCGCUCCCAGGCUUCCAGUUCCACCAGCGGCAGUAUUACCCAACAGACUAUGUUAUUAGGGAGUACCUCUCCUACCUUGACUGCCAGCCAAGCUCAAAUGUAUCUCCGAGCUCAGAUGCUGAUUUUCACACCCGCUACCACUGUGGCUGCUGUGCAGUCUGACAUUCCUGUUGUCUCGUCGUCAUCGUCACCCUCCUGUCAGUCUGCAGCUGCUCAGGUUCAGAAUUUAACAUUACGCAGCCAGAAGUUGGGUGUCUUAUCUAGCUCACAGAAUGGCCCACCAAAAAGCACUGGUCAAACUCAAUCAUUGACAAUUUGUCAUAAUAAAACAACAGUGACCAGUUCUAAAAUCAGCCAACGAGACCCUUCUCCAGAGAGCAAGAAGGGAGGAAGCCCAAGCCUGGAAUCUCGAAGCACAGCGGUCACUCGGACUUCAAGCAUUCACCAGUUAAUAGCACCAGCUUCAUAUUCUCCAAUUCAGCCUCAUUCUCUAAUCAAACAUCAACAGAUUCCUCUUCAUUCACCACCUCCUAAGGUUUCCCAUCAUCAGCUGAUUUUACAACAGCAACAACAGCAGAUUCAGCCAAUCACCCUUCAGAGUCCAACUCAAGAUCCGCCCCCAUCCCAGCACUGUAUCCCGCUUCCAAACCAUGGCCUUUCUCCAGCUCCUAGUAAUGCCCAGUCACAGCAUUGCUCACCAAUUCAGAGCCAUCCCCCUCCUUUAACUGUGUCUCCUAAUCAGGCACAGUCGGCACAGCAGUCUGUAGUGGUGUCUCCUCCUCCACCUCAUUCCCCAAGUCAGUCUCCUACUAUAAUUAUCCAUCCACAAGCACUUAUCCAGCCACACCCUCUUGUGUCUUCAGCUCUUCAAACAGGGCCAAAUUUGCAGCAGGCUACUGCUGAUCAGGUACAACCCACAGCACAGCUGAAUCUUCCAUCCCAUCUUCCACUUGCAGCAUCCCCUGUUGUACACAUUGGCCCAGUCCAACAGUCUGCCUUGGUGUCCCCUGCUCAGCAGAUUGUGUCUCCAACAUCACACCAGCAAUACUCAGCCCUGCAGUCAUCUCCAAUUCCAAUCGCAACCCCUCCACAGAUGUCGACAUCUCCUCCAGCUCAGAUCCCACCACUGCCCUUGCAGUCUAUGCAGUCCUUACAAGUGCAGCCUGAAAUUCUAUCCCAGGGCCAGGUUUUGGUGCAGAAUGCUUUGGUGUCAGAAGAAGAGCUACCUGCUGCAGAAGCUCUGGUCCAGUUGCCAUUUCAGACUCUUCCUCCUCCACAGACUGUUGCGGUAAAUCUCCAAGUACAGCCACCAGCACCUGUUGAUCCACCAGUGGGAAUGCAUUUGAACCAGUGUCAUCUGCACAAAGUUUUUUCUCUUAAGGUUUAUCAAGUAGAAGAUGUGUGUGAGGAAGAAAUGCCAGAGGAGUCAGAUGAGUGUGGGAGGAUGGACAGAACACCACCACCACCCACCUUGUCUCCAGCAGCCAUAACUGUGGGCCGGGGAGAGGACUUGACAUCUGAACAUCCUUUGUUAGAGCAAGUGGAGUUGCCUGCUGUGGCCUCAGUCAGUGCUUCAGUGAUUAAGUCUCCAUCAGAUCCUGCCCAUGGCUCUGUUCCUCCACCACCACUCCUAAUUCCAGCUGCUGCCACGAGGGGCAAUAGCACAUCUAUGGCCAGCAGUGCUCCCAGCCUAGAAAACAAACCUCCACAGGCUAUUGUCAAACCACAGAUCCUGACUCAUGUUAUUGAAGGUUUUGUGAUUCAGGAGGGAUUGGAGCCAUUUCCUGUGAGUCGCUCAUCUUUGCUGAUAGACCAACCUGUGAAAAAGAGGCCUCUUUUGGAUAAUCAGGUGGUGAAUUCUGUGUGUGUUCAGCCAGAACUACAGAAUAACACAAAGCAUGCAGAUAAUUCAUCUGACACCGAGAUGGAAGACAUGAUUGCUGAAGAGACGUUAGAAGAAAUGGAUAGUGAAUUGCUUAAGUGUGAAUUCUGUGGAAAAAUGGGAUAUCCUAAUGAAUUUUUACGGUCAAAACGAUUCUGUACUAUGUCAUGUGCCAAAAGGUACAAUGUUAGCUGUUCUAAAAAAUUUGCACUUAGUCGUUGGAAUCGUAAGCCUGAUAAUCAAAGUCUUGGGCAUCGGGGCCGUCGUCCAAGUGGCCCUGAAGGAACAGCAAGAGAACAUAUCCUUAGGCAGCUUCCAAUUACUUAUCCAUCUGCAGAAGAAGACUUGGCUUCUCAUGAGGAUUCUGUGCCUUCUGCCAUGACAACUCGUCUGCGCAGGCAGAGUGAGCGGGAAAGAGAACGCGAGCUGCGUGAUGUGAGGAUGAGGAAAAUGCCUGAGAACAGUGACUUGCUUCCAGUUUCACAGACAGAGCCCUCUAUAUGGACAGUCGAUGAUGUCUGGGCCUUCAUCCAUUCUUUGCCUGGCUGCCAGGAUGUUGCAGAUGAGUUCAGGGCACAAGAGAUUGAUGGACAGGCCCUGCUCUUGCUAAAAGAAGACCAUCUCAUGAGUGCAAUGAACAUCAAGCUGGGCCCAGCCCUGAAGAUUUGUGCACGCAUCAACUCUCUGAAGGACUCUUAACAGGAACUCCAGUCGUUGAUGUAAUAUCAGUUUCAUCCCUCUUAAUGGUAAUAGUAAAGCCUCAUUUGGCUAAGAAUAUCAGACUGAUGAUGGAAGGCCAAGCACUUUGGGACUGCCACUUGCAGUGCCGACAUUUCUCUUCAGAUACCCUAACUCAUCAUACAUUUUCAUAAUUAGCCAACGUUGGUAAAGUUAAUUUUACCAGUUACAUACAACACUGAAAGACUUGUUACAGAGGCCCAUAUUUUUCAAAGAAACAUGUUAUACUAGAUAAUUUUUUAAAGGUAAUGUUUAUCAUUAGUAUAAAGAAGCCUUUUAAAAAUAAUUAUUGAUUUACACCCCCCCCUUGAUUCUGUUUUCUUAUACAUUUUUCUACCCUGUUAGUUUUCCAAAGGUUAUCAUAGAGAUAUAAGGUAAUUUAGGAGCCCAUUGACAGAAUCGAAUGCAAUGAAGUAUCAGUAUGUUUAAAAAA